GCCUUCGCACUGCUGCACAAUUGUGGCUUCUGUGGACAUAUUAUUAACCGGUGGUUUUUAGCUCCCAGUCUCUCAGAGUUGCCAAAGCGGUUACAAGUCAUUUGGAAAGCUGUUUAGCCGAAUCUCUCUGAUCCAGAAGGCCAGCUGGCUUCUGCUGAGGUACUUUCGAAAUUUGCAGCGACCACAGAUCCUGGUCCAGGUGCAUGGGGAAGACGCUAAGAGUAUAAACCCAAACAUUGAACCUGAAGACCCAGCGCAAAGCAGAAACUGAAAGUACCCUGCCUACUCUGCCGGCAGAGUCUACGGAAGUUAUGGCAAAGCCAGAGCGCCUGGCCAGCCAGUGAUGCAUGCGGCCCCUCCUGGGAUGGAUGGACUAGGCGCCGCGUGGAUGAGAGGAGCCAGCUGCCCGGACUGCCCUGCCCAGCACCGGCGUGCGGCCACUCGGCGGAUGACCGGGGACCCGGGCGUCAUUAUGGGUGGUGAGAGCUCGCUCCUGCUGCAGCCCCAAUCAUCAUGACUACAUCCACCUCCCGCAGACCAUGUUCCAUGUUUCUUUUAGAUAUAUCUUUGGAAUUCCUCCCCUGAUCCUUGUUCUGUUGCCUGUCACAUCAUCUGACUGCCACAUUAAAGAUAAAGAAGGUAGAGCAUAUGAGAGUGUGCUGAUGAUCAGCAUCGAUGAAUUGGACAAAAUGACAGGAACUGGAAACAAUUGCCCAAAUAAUGAACCAAACUUUUUUAAAAAACAUCCAUGUGAUGAUACAAAGGAAGCUGCUUUUCUAAAUCGUGCUGCUCGUAAAUUGAAGCAAUUUCUGAAAAUGAAUAUCAGUGAAGAAUUCAAUAUCCACUUACUAACAGUUUCCCAAGGCACACAAACACUGGUGAACUGCACAAGCAAGGAAGAAAAGAAUUUGAAGGAACAGAAAAAGAAUGACCCAUGUUUCCUAAAGAGACUACUGAGAGAGAUAAAAACUUGUUGGAAUAAAAUUUUGAAGGGCAGUAUAUAAACAUAGGACGUGCAAUUGCAGUCUCCAAAAAUCUACCAGUUUAUAUAUUUUGAGGAAAUGAAAUCUCCUCAGAAGUUUCUGGAUGCCUCCUGGUCAAAUGACCAGAACCACUGGGAAAUCCACAAUGAGGUACUAGAAAAUGGACACAAACAAUCUGUAACUGAUGGCUGCAGUCAGAAUAUACAUAUGGACAUGUAUCGGCUGCACUGAUGUUGUAAGGCAAUCAUGUCAUCUGCAAUACUUUCUAAACCUUUCCAAAUAUUUCAGAAGAUAUCAAACCUACAAAAAUAAAACCUACGAGAAUUCAUCAGCAAAAUGAUGUUAUGGUCCACUGGGCAUCAGUGAACAAUCUGAAGAGUGGAACUGUCAUCUUGUAUGCUGGAGAUGCUGGAGGGCUCACAGUGAUGGAUAAUGCUCAUGAAAAAGCAAGAGUCACAUCUUAAAGCAGCAGCAGCAGCAAAAAGAAAAAAGAAAAAAUUACAAAAAAAGCUUAAGGCACUUAAGACAGAUAUCAAGAAAUGUAGUUAAACAUGAAUGUAUAACACAUACCUUCAGUAAAGAGCAUAGCACAUAUUUUUAAAUAAAAGAAUUUUUAAAGACAGAAAUGCACUUAGUCCAAAGAUAUUGAACUUUAGUAUUCAGUCACUUUUGUCAUUUAUAUAUACUAAAGCUUGUUUAACUGAAUUUUCAAUUUGGGAAGUAUAUUUUAAGAUAAUAAUAUAUGUUAGACUUUUAAUUAAUGUAUAUAUUUAAUUUUGACAUUACCUUUAUAUAAAAUAUUUUCAUACAACACUACCAACCGCCUACUUUGAAUAGUUUCUCUUUUUAAAAUAAAUGGCGUAUGUGUUAACACCGUCAGGCUCCCUUGACCUCAAGCGUUCCCUGUGCACUGCCAUUUGAUCCUACUUUCAUCCAACACAUCCCAUCAACACAUUGGUACCAAGAAUCAGCAUGGCACAGCCCCCACAACUAUGUUAAAAGAAGAAACUCCAGUUUCUCGUUUUCAGUGGUGUCUCAUGUGUACCUCAGGCCGGUCUUGAAAUGAUGAUGCUCCCAUUUCAGAUUUCAGGCAUGAGCCAAUAUGUUCAGCUAGGAACACGAUUUUUGUUACAUUAAAUGACUCUCAUUGAAAAGAUGCCUCUGUAUAUUCUAUGUAUACACCUGUUUAAACCAUUUGAAAGGCCUGCAGUCUUCAUUCAAUUUUAAGGGAGAGGAACAUUACCCCGCAGAGGCCAAAUUUCGAAAAGAGAUGACAGUUUGCUUUGCUGAACUCACAUUCUUCUUGCUCUUCCCAGCCACUUCAGCAUGUAGCUGUGGGCUGGAUGUUUGUAUGCAGUCUACACAUGCUCCAGUGACAUUCCAUGUGGGGUGGCCAUGUCUUCUUGCUCUUCCUCUUCCCCAACCCAUAUGGACUUCAUCCUCAAUGGUACAGACAGCUGGCAUGAACACAGUUUUGAGAGAAGAAUUGAUUGUUUAAAGUUUGUUUCUUAAUCACUGUUUGAAAAAAACAAAAACAACAACAA